AUGUCGGGCAAUUCCAAUUCGGACAUCUUAAUUGCAGGCGCAAUUGCAGCCUUUACAGUGGAUCUCCUUGUGUACCCGCUCGACACGCUGAAAACACGCAUCCAAUCGCCCAACUAUGCAAGAGUGUAUACGAAUCCGCAGACGGGGAAGCCUAACCCGGCUUUGUUUCGCGGCGUGUAUCAAGGAAUUGGAAGCGUGAUAAUAGCCACAUUACCUUCAUCAGGAGCAUUCUUCACAACCUACGAACGCACAAAAUCCCUCUUCACCCGUCUAAAUACCACCUCUUCUUCACCAGGCGGCGUCCUCCCCACACCCUUAAUCCAUGCCUCAGCCUCCUCCCUCGCCGAACUCGUCUCGUGCGCCAUCCUCACCCCUGCAGAAGUAAUAAAGCAAAAUGCCCAAAUGGUCUCAUUAUCAACAACAUCAUCAUCAUCUUCCCCCCAAGCAAACGCAACUCUCCAAACCCUCUCAAAAUUCCGGUCCAACCCCCUCGCCCUCUGGCGCGGCUACACGGCGCUCGCAGGGCGAAACUUGCCUUUUACAGCGAUGCAGUUCCCGCUGCUGGAGCGCUUGAAGGAAGCGAUUAAGCAGUACCGCGAUGAGCGCGGCCUAACGCGUGGUACGAUUGUGGAAAGCGGGUGUAUUACUGCGUUUAGUGCGGGCACGGCCGGAGCUGUGGCGGCGGUCAUUACGACGCCGAUUGAUGUCGUCAAGACGCGGAUUAUGCUUUCGGCGGGUGAGGGGUCCGGGGAGGCGAAGGGUGGGGAAGGAAAGGGGGCGAAGGAGGGGAUUAAGAGUGCUGCGAGGGAUUUGAUACAGGGGGGUGAAGGCGGGAAGAAGAGUAGUUGGGGGAUUGGGAAAGAGAUUGUAGCGGAGAAGGGAGUUAGGGGUUUGUGGAGAGGUGGUGCGUUGAGGGCUGUGUGGACGUUUGUGGGUGCAGGAUUGUAUCUAGGGGCGUAUGAGACGGGGAGGGUGUAUCUUGCUAGUCGGCGAGGGGAUGAGGUUAGCGAAGAGGAUUUGAUGUAG